AUGGCUGAUGCUUCAAGUAGUAGUUCUUUAUCCAUAAGUUCUAUUCCAGCAAUAUCGAGUGAUCUAGCAUGGCAAUAUGGGAUAGCAGUGGAAGGACACCGUAGUACUAUCAUUUGUGUCAUUUGCAACAAAACAAUCAGAAGAGGAGGUAUUUCACGCCUCAAAUAUCAUCUAGCUGGAAUAGAAGGAAAUGUUGAAGCUUGUAAAAAAGUUUCUGAUGAUGUGAAGUGGCAAAUGAAGCAACUAAUUAAUAGCUUGAAUAAAAAUCAAGAGCAAAGGAAGCGAUUGAGAAAUGAAAUUGGAGGUUCUAGUAGUGCAUCUGUCAAUGAUCGGGAAGAACCUGUAAUGGAUACUCCUUCUUCUACUCUUGGAGGAAGUUCUAACCUAAAUGCAAGAUGUAGCAGUCAAAGUGGAUCAAAACCAAAGCUUCAAAGCUUUUUUCCUCCUAGAACAACACAAGGGGCACAACCUGGGAUUAGAAGUGCACUUGCCACAAAAGAACCAAUUCAUAAUGCAACCAUGGCUAUGGCAAGAUGGUGGUAUGAUGCUAAUAUUCCAUUCAAUGCAGCAAAAUCAAAUUAUUAUCAACCAAUGGUGGAUGUUAUCACUUCAAUUGGCCUUGGGUUUAAAGCACCAUCUUAUCAUGAUUUGAGGUGCAAUCUUUUGAGGGAGGUGGUUCAUGAUGUCAAUGUUUAUCUCUUAGGGAUUAAGAAAGAAUGGGAGGUUUAUGGAUGCUCCAUUAUGGCUGAUGGGUGGACAAAUCAAAGGCAAGAGCCAAUUAUAAACUUCUUAAUGUAUUGUCCAAAAGGUACCAUGUUUCUAAAAUCUAUUGACACAUCAGGACUUAGGAAGGACAAAGAUACUUUACUUGAGAUCUUUGAUCAAGUUGUUCAUGAGGUGGGGGUAGAAAAUGUGGUUCAGUUCAUUACUGAUAAUGAUGCAAGUUACAAAGUUGCUGGGAAAGCAUUACUGUUGGUGCAACCUUAG